AGAGUUUGUAAGGCAAACUGGAUUUGCAAGCACCAGGGAUGGCUGCUCAGCCAGAGUCACUAUGCCCAGUCACUAUGCAGAGCUUCCCUGCCUGGGAGCCCACAAGGGAAGACGUUUUGUUAUUAUGAAGACGGUUUGUUACAGAUUUUGGCCCUUCCUGCAUGUUCUCUCCUUUCUUGCAUUACUGUUCAAAGAACACAAACUUCGUUUCUUCGUCAUCGGAGCAUCAUUCAGAAACGUUCUGCUGAUCUGUGAAUCUUUGCCUGGCUCUUUGAUCCAGGCAGUGUUACAGGUCCUCUGCCGGCAGGAGGAAGCAGCCCAACAAAAUCUGAAGACCCAACACUUUCAGAAGCAGUGAUGAUCAGGCUGGCAAACCACAAAACCUUGCGAGCUGAAUGGAUGUCUUAAUAAGCCUUUAGAUGUAGUGUGGCCAGCGUCGGCAGAGGAGACUAAAGGGGAAAAAAAGGGCUGCAAGCGUUGUGUGGUAAAUCACUGCAGACCCACUGGGAGUGACGGCCCUAGGAAGUGAAUGAUCUCGCCAGCAAAGAAUUGACCGCAGUUUUCCAGAAACAGAACAUGAUGUACAACAGGGAGGACAGACCCCCGGUUGUCCUGAAGAUGGCAUAGUAAAAAAAAAAUAAAACAGAAGGCACCUUCUAAUGAUUGUGAACAUCUGUACCCGUGGAUGCCAGCCCAGGCCAGUGGCUUCGUGUUGAGCCAAAGGAACUUGUCUACCAUAUUGCCGAAAACCUCUUUCUCUCCUAAUUCAUGAGCCAGCAGGAUGCGGUCGCUGCGCUUUCAGAACGCCUUCUCAUAGCUGCAUACAAAGGCCAAGCAGAGAAUGUGGUUCAGCUCAUCAACAAGGGCGCCAAGGUAGCGGUUACCAAGCAUGGCCGGACCCCCCUGCAUCUUGCUGCCAAUAAGGGCCAUCUUUCUGUGGUCCAGAUUUUGCUGAAGGCUGGCUGUGACCUUGAUGUCCAGGAUGAUGGGGACCAGACUGCCUUACACCGGGCCACGGUGGUGGGGAACACCGAGAUCAUCGCAGCACUCAUCCAGGAGGGAUGUGCCCUGGACAGACAAGACAAGGAUGGGAAUACAGCCCUGCAUGAAGCAUCCUGGCAUGGUUUCAGCCAGUCAGCCAAGCUGCUCGUUAAAGCAGGAGCCAAUGUGCUUGCCAGGAACAAGGCGGGGAACACGGCUCUGCACCUGGCCUGCCAGAACAGCCACUCCCAGAGCACACGCGUCCUCCUGCUGGGUGGCUCCCGCGCUGACCUCAAAAAUAAUGCAGGCGACACCUGUUUGCACGUUGCUGCGCGCUAUAAUCACUUGUCCAUCAUUAGGCUCCUCCUCAGUGCUUUCUGUUCUGUCCAUGAAAAGAACCAGGCUGGAGACACAGCCCUUCAUGUUGCUGCUGCCCUAAAUCACAAGAAAGUGGUUAAACUCUUACUAGAAGCUGGAGCAGAUGGAAGCAUCGUCAAUAAUGCAGGCCAGACUCCGCUGGAGACCGCCCGCUACCACAACAACCCAGAAGUUGCUCUCCUCCUCACUAAAGCUCCCCAGGUCUUGCGCUUCAGUCGUGGGCGAAGCCUGAGGAAAAGGAGAGAGAGGCUCAAGGAAGAAAGGAGGGCCCAGUCCGUGCCAAGAGAUGAGGUGGCCCAAAGCAAGGGAAGUGUCUCAGCAGGGGACAGCCCCAGCAGUGAACAGGCUGUACUCAGAAAAGAGGAAGCCAGAGAUGAAUUUCUGUCAGCCUCCCCGGAACCCAGAGCCAAGGAUGACAGGAGGAGAAAGGCAAGGCCUAAGGUGUCAGCAUUGUCUGACCCCACCCCACCAGCAGACCAACAGCCUGGACACCAGAAGAGCUCACACACACAUCACCACCCCAAGAAGAGGGGCCGGCACCGGUGCUCGUCCCCACCGCCACCCCAUGAGUUCAGGGCAUACCAGCUCUACACGUUGUACCGGGGCAAGGAUGGCAAAGUGAUGCAGGCACCAAUAAACGGUUGUCGAUGUGAACCUCUGAUCAACAAGCUGGAGAAUCAGCUGGAGGCAACAGUAGAGGAGAUUAAGGCAGAGCUGGGAUCGGUGCAGGAUAAAAUGAACACCAAGCUGGGGCAUAUGGAGAGUAAGACCCAGCACCAAAUGCGAGUUCUGGACAAACUGAUGGUUGAGCGACUCUCGGCAGAGAGAACAGAGUGUGUGAAUCGUUUGCAGCAACACUCAGAUGCGGAGAAGCAUGAGGGAGAGAAACGACAGAUGUCCUUGGUGGAUGAAUUAAAAACCUGGUGCGUGUUAAAGAUUCAGAAUCUGGAGCUGAAGCUUUCAGGAGAUUCUAGGGCCUCCAGGGCUAAAUCCACACCAUCUACUUGUGAAUCCUCUACAGGUGUGGAUCAAUCAGUGGUGACUGCAGGCCCAGCAGCAGCUUCUGACAGCUCCUCUCAGGUGGUCAGGCCCAAGGAAAAGGCCCUCAAUUCCACUGUUGCUCACAGACUCCAACAGGAGCUAUCUUCCUCUGACUGUGCAGGCUCCCGGCUGAGGAAUGCCAAGGUCCAGACAGCACUGCUACCCCUGAAUGAGGCAGCCAGAUGUGAUCAGCAGGCUGGGCCUUGCGUCAACAGAGGCACUCAAACCAAAAAGUCUGGGAAAAGUGGGCAGAUGAGGCAUCGAGUCCAGCAACCAGCACCUAGCACCCACUGUGGGCAGCAGCCACCAGCUGCAGGCAGUGAACUGACUGCCCCCCACAUUCGAGACACCUCCCAAGCCCUGGAGCUUACCCAGUAUUUUUUUGAGGCUGUUUCUACCCAGAUGGAAAAAUGGUAUGAGAGGAAGAUUGAAGAAGCACGAAGCCAAGCCAAUCAGAAAGCCCAGCAAGACAAGGCCACACUGAAGGAACACAUAAAAAGUUUAGAAGAGGAACUUGCUAAACUAAGGACUAAAGUGCAGAAAGAAAGUUAGGACCUGGAAGGUAGAACAAGAGAGGAUUCUUGAGAAUUUCCAGUUUUGCAACAACAGAAUAGCUAUGCCUGUGGAGUUGAUUUUUGUGCACAUAGCAGACUUGCCUUUAAAACAGACAAAAAACCCAACAAUUUCUGAAGUGUGCCAGACAUAUGCUUCCUAUGCCCUGAAGAUAUGAAGUCUUCAACAAUUAACCUGAAACCAGGGGGGGGCUUGCUUAGUGUCAUGUUACAUUAUAAACUCUAAACCUCAGUCCAGGUUCAUUUGAAGUUCAAAAGCUCAGAUUAAUUCAGCCCCACAAAGAAAUGGAAUGAUGUGUAAACCUAAACCCUAAAGUUCAAAAGUGGAAAAAAAACAAAAACCAAAAAAACUCUUAUGAACUCAAGUAGUCAUUCAUAUAAAUGUCAACCACCUGCUGUGCCUAGAAAGGGGUGUCUUUUAUGUAAGAGUUGUAACUCGGUGAUGUGCAAAGCCUCCUUUCUCAAAUUUGUAAUUCCCAAAAUGUUAUGUUUUAAAUAGGUGAAAAUUUAUCAGAUUUUGAGGAUUUUGUGGGAAGAGAUUUUCAUGGUGUCAUAAGAUCUGAUAUAUCUUAAAAUUCCUUGAAAAGAGUUUAUUUAAAUACUCAGUAAUUGGCUAAUAGCAUUGAGAAUGUUUAAUAAUGAACUUGAAUGAGUAAAGUUCAUAUCAUUUGAUCAUUUUUUUUGUAUUUUCAGCCAAAACGGUUGAUUAAUCAGUCAGCUGAUUAAUGGAAAAAACAUUCCUAUAACAAUUAUUGGAAACUUCAACCUAUACAUGAUAAAACCCAGUUACCUUAGAAUACCUUUCUGAAUUUGAGAUUUUUGGUGUACAUUUUGUAGGAAUAAGAAAAUUUUUUUGAAAGUAUUUCAUUUUGAAUUGAGUUCUGUCAUUGAAGAACCUCAGAUACUUUCUAUUGUUUUGCAGUGAUAAUGUGAAGGCAAAUAAUUCAGUAACUUGAUUUAGACACCACUACUCCCUAGCUUCAUGGAGCCCUGAAGACUUUACUUUUGCUACAUAAUGAAAUAUAAACACAGAAAUAAAGUUGUAAAAGUAGCCUGGUUAUGUUGAUACUUUGGAUUCAGCUCUCUUCCAAGCUCUGUCCCUGGGAAUGAGGAAUUAUAUGCAUCUCCUCAAAAUUCUUCAUGUGCAUUGAAACUUCAUUUCUAUAACCAUAGGAACCUGGUAACUGUUGGCCAUAAUUGUGAAUAAAAUGUUGCUCAUUGAGCCAAAAAGAA